CGCGCGGACGGCGCCGAUGCCCCGGGACGGGGCUGCGGCUCCGGAGCGGAGCGGGAGGGCGUGAAAGGCGGGGCCGGCCGGGGAGGUGGAGGCAGCGGCCGGGCUUCCCCACCGCCGCCGCUCUCAGACACGCAGCCGAGGUGCGCCGUGGCUGCCCCGCUGCUGACGGAGCCGAGUCGGGGCCCCGGGAUCCCGCGGGAAGAAGCGGCUGCGCUGCCGGCGGCCCGAGGGAGUUUCCGCAAUGGAGAAGAGGGAAGGUGACAGUCAUGCCAUUGAUUGGAAUGCAGGUCAGAGCAUCAUGCCGAGAAGAAAUACAGGAAACCUUAGCAACUUGAAUGCGGAUAUGCAAGUCACCAAUCCACCAGAAGCAGGCGCGCUUUUUAAUUUACAUCAAGCACACCAUUUUGGUGAGUUUGAACACUCUUCAGAGCAACACUGCACACAGGAUCUGUUUCCCAAGUGGCACUUGCCAAUGAAGAUAGCAUCUGUGAUCUCACUAGUAACAUUUAUUUACACUUCUAUGAGAGAUGUCAUAUAUCCUUUUAUAAGCAGAAAAGAAAAUGUUUUCUAUAAAAUUCCAAUCCUUGUCAUAAACAAAGUUUUACCAGUGGUUUCAAUUACCCUUUUAGCACUAGUUUAUUUACCAGGAAUAUUAGCUGCUGGUUUCCAGCUGUACUUUGGCACCAAGUAUAAAAGGUUUCCUCAGUGGCUGGAUAGAUGGAUGUUAUCAAGAAAGCAAUUUGGACUCCUCAGUUUCUUCUUCGCUACAAUGCACGCCUGUUAUAGCCUAUGCUAUCCAAUGAGAAGAUCAUACAGAUACAAGCUGCUGAACUGGGCAUUCCAGCAGGUCAAACAAAAAAAAGAAAAUGCCUGGAUUGAACAUGAUGUUUGGAGAAUGGAGAUUUAUGUGUCUCUAGGAAUUCUGGGACUUGCUUUGCUGGCCUUGUUGGCAAUAACGUCAAUCCCAUCUGUCAGUCACGCUUUGACCUGGAGAGAGUUCCACUACAUUCAGAGCAAGAUGGGAUAUCUAGCUCUUCUGCUAUGCACCGUUCAUGCCCUGGUGUUUGCUUGGAAUAAGUGGGUUGAUGUGAACCAAUUUAUCUGGUAUACCCCACCUUCAUUUAUGGUAGCAGUGUUUCUUCCUAUUGUAGUUCUGCUUUGCAAAUGUGUACUGCUCCUCCCAUGUUUUAGGAAGAGGAUAAAAAAGAUCAGAUGUGGUUGGGAAGCUAAUACACAAACUAAUCAAACAAGCAUGACUUCCAGACUGUAGAUCAAAUAUGCUCAUUUCCUGUCUAUGUAUGUAAAUAUGCUCAAGGCCAUGAAAUGUUCACAUUCUUGCUCUAUUUUCAUGGUUUCCAUAGAUGUUUCUUUUUCAUUUUUCAUUUCUACUUCAGAAGUAUGGGAUACUUGAUGCAAUUUGGACCUUUUCUAAGACAGAAGAUGGAAACAUUAAUUUUACACUUUAAUCUAUUCAGUGUUCUGGUAUUUCACUCAUUUUCUUCUGACUGCCUGCUUUUAAAUUCCUAUGGCUUUGCUGCCUUAAUCAUAAUUCUUUCAGAGGCAAAAGCAAUCAUAAAUCAUUGCCCCAGAUAACCACAAAAAGUAAAUAAAUUAUUACACCACAGAACCCAGGAAUGCUUUCUGCUUCCCACAGCCAUGUUUGUUCCUUUGUUAAAUCUCAGUGUUAUAGAACAACUACUGGAGUAUUUAUCAUCCCAUUACCCCUUAUUGCCUACAUCCUAUGUUUCACUCUGCAAAAUGGGGACCUUGGCACAUGAGCCAGACAGAAACUGUGUAUUCCCACAAUGUGUUGAACUUAGACAAUUAGGCAAGCAGAAAUGUAGGGAACUUUACAAGGUAAAUCUCUCCUGGGGCUUGGGCACAGUCUAAAAAAAUGUUUUUAGACUCAUAUCUCUAUCCUAUACAGAACUAGGUGUGUCUCUAUUUACUUAAAACGAUAAAACAUUUCCCAUUUUUUUAUUCCAUGAACACAUUCUUUUGUUUCUGAUGCUGGAAAUUUUCCAUGCUUUUGACCUAAAAGUCUGCAGCCCUUCACAUGUGCUAAACUUUAUUCGUGCAAAUUAUUCCAGUGGGAUAACUCAGGUCAGGUAAAUGUGUUUUACUGUUUACUCUAGGGCCAGCACAAUUGUGUGACUGGAAGAAAAACAUUAAAAAUAGACAUUUGAAUCUUGACAUUCGUUUGGUGAGAAUUCCAUUUAAAAUUACUUUUGAAGGCAUUUGUUAUUAUGAGAAUUUUCAUAUGAGCUAAUUAAACCUCACUUUCCUUAUGUUGCGUGGGUCUCGCUGGGUGUUUUAAAUGAAUAAUUCAUUUGUUAGUAUCUAUUUUAAAUAUGCUAUGCAGUAGUUAAAAUUUUUACCCAGCAUCAGGAACAUUUCUGCCAGUCUCACUGCAUGAGUCGACUAGGACAUGGACUGAUGAUGCCACCUAUUGCUGGGAUCAUCUGAAUGAGAACAUCUGAAUGUAACUGGUAACGGCUCUGGUAUUAAAACAAACAGUAAAACAAUGUAUGCCUAAAAAAGUAUGUAAUGCAUGGUGCUAAUGGUUCUGCAGCUAAUGAUUCUUUUGUCCAUUUGUGGACUCGAUGUAUUGAGCAAAAAUAACAGACAAAUUAAAUAUCUACAGGGAUACUACAUUUUCUGUUUUCCUGGUUGUAAGUCUAUUCAAAUAUUGCAACUGAAAAGUUGCCUUUGUUAUUUGCACUUAAUGUAGUACUGCGAAAAUAACUGGGGACAUAGUGGCCUGGAUAAUGUAGACUGAAGAGAAAUGAGUGGCAUUGUGUAUCGAAUCACUAAUGCAUAACAGAGGCAAACACUCUCUAAAACACAGGAAGCUGGUCAGCAAUGUGAAUCUAAGAAAUUUGUAACAGAAGAGGAAAAGUGUGGUUGUCAAUGCAUUAGCAUUUACAUUUCUAUAAAUUAAAUAAAUAAAAUCCUCAAGAAGUCAUCUUAGGGAUAAAGAAUAAUAUUUACCAAAGGCUUAGGCAGUCUAUUACCUGCACUUUCUUGUCAGGAGUCAUAAAAAAAUAAAUAAAAUCAUUUUUCUAAUGGAAGAGGUUGAGGCAAGUGGAAUGGAAAAGAAUUCCCUUUGUCUGCUGUAUUAUCCACUAGCUACUCAUAAAGUGUGAUCAAACAUACUACUUGGGGCAAAGCUGAGACUGUAAGUACACCAAGCAACACUUGUAUGCAUCCAUUGAAAACAAUGACAUUUGGUUUUAUUCAAAUAUGUGCUAAAUUGUGCUCUCUAGUAUCAGCUCUGCUGUUCCUUUACUUAGAAAAUUUGGAGAAUUUAAUUCAAUCUCCAACUUUGUUAAAUUCUGGUCAAAUAGUAGGACUAGUUGUUUACAGCUGGCUGUAGAAGCCAACCCUUUGACAGAGGAAUA